AUGACGCAAUCAAAUAUCAAAUAUAAAAGAAUUUGUACGGAUAAAGUACUAAUAAAACAAGGGGAUUUAACCCACCAUCAUAAUUAUAAAAAAGAGAGGACAACUUGGCCAGAACUAAGUAAUAACAAAACUAAGCAUAUUGGGUUUAGACAACUAACAAAAGCUUAUUUUCAUGGGCAUACCAAGGCCAUAGGAAACAAUAAAAAUGAAGCAUACUAUGGUAUUAUUGGUUCAGAAGGGGUAAUCAGCAAGGAAUACAAACCUCAUUUAAGAAAAGCUGAAUUUACGACUUCAGUGAAGAACGAAAUCCAUCUGGAAAAUCCAAAAAAUACCACAACAGAUAUUAGUAAUGACCACACCUCAAGUCUACAAACCUCUUUGGAUUUUUCAAAGUUAUCAAAUGGAUUCAUAUUUCAUUCCUUUGAUAAUUUUCUAGAUAAUAAUUUACAAGAAAAUAAACCCACAAGAGUAUUGAUUAAACACAUACCACAAGAAGUUGGUAUCGACAGUGUAGUUUCUCAGAUAAAAGGUGGUCCAUUGAGACAGAUAAGUUGUACAACCACAUCACAAGAAUGUAAAGAGGUAAUUUUUGAUUUUAUAUACCCUCAAGAUGCCACAGAAUUUUUGAAAUAUGCUAAUACGAGCUUGUUUAAAGUAAAUGGAAUACGCUUACAAGCCUGUUGGUAUGAUGACAAUGAAAACAAAGAAAAACACCUAGCACAUUUACUUCCAUUGACAACCAAGAACAAGGAUACACAAAUAACGAGAUGUUUAAUAUUGAAAAAGAAUGGAAAGAGACGAGUGGUGAAGAAAUAUAGUGGUAUCUCCAGUAAUUCUUUGUUACCAUUUGAUCCACAAGAUAUGAGGAAUGAUUUUUCUGUAUUUGGUGAAUUGCAAGGGUUGACACCUAUAAUAUCACGAAGAUUAUGUGUGUCUGUACUUUUUAUGGAUGUUUUCAGUGCAAUGCAAGCAAUGCAAAGCUUACUGGACACCAAUUCUUUCUUACAUAAAAAAUAUUAUAAAACAUGGGCAAUAUGGUACGGUCCUGAUCAAACGGAGCAACCAUGUCUCACUUAA